AAGAGCUUCUGUUGCAUGGAGAGGAACCAAACCACUGAAAUGCAUUCAGCUAUGACCUUACAGCUUAAAACCAAAGCACAACUCUUUGACCUGCAUUGCUCUGUUGGUCUGACUGACUGGGAUAUGGACAAGGAGCUGAAACUGGCUACAACCACUGACCAGUUAUAUCAUGAUGACAAAGCGAGUGAUCAGUAUGUGGUCCAGAGGCCUUCUGUAAGAACCUCGAAAAGGAAAGAUGAAUUUAUUUGGUACGAUAAAACAUCAGAUACUUUUGUGAAACCAAACCUGUGGCUGCUGGUGAAUCCCAGCAUUGCCUGCCCGAUCCAGUACAACGAGAUUAAUGCUGACGUGGGGCCUGUGUGUGAACCUGCUGAGGAAAGCCAAACUAGGCUCCUGGAGACCCAAUGUCCACUGACAGCAGAGCUCCAGGUGUUUUCCUGCCAUGAUGGUCCUCUCCAGGGGGAGCUGGUGCAAUCAGUUUCUUCUGAGUACACGGUCAAGAAUGAUGUCAACUCCUCUCAACCCGUCAAGAGCAGACGUAAGGCGAGGACCAUAAAGCCCAGGACAGGAAAUAAGCCUCUUAAACCAGGCUGCUGGCCACGUCCACCAGUGAAUUACUGCAUCCUCAUUGCCUUGGCGCUCAAGAGCAGCCAUACAGGGAGCUUCAAAGUCCAGCAGAUUUACAAUUUCACCAGAGAACACUUCCCAUUUUUUCAGACAGCUCCAGACGGCUGGAAGAACACUAUCCGACACAACUUGUGCUUCAACAGCAGUUUUCGCAAAACUUGCAACCAGCUGUGCAGAGAUGGCAAGAGGAAGUCAUGUUUUUGGCACCUUACUUUAGAUGGCCAGCGGCGCCUUAAGGAUGAGAUCAACAUGCUGACAGGAGAAUCUUUAAAGCAGCUGGAGAAGAGCAUGUCCCACCCAGAUAUAAUUCGGAGCUUAUUUCCCAUGUGAUUUCAGUUAAAGGGGGAAAUGUGCAUUAAACAGUAGCAUAAUAAAGCGUGGUGUAAAAGAGCCA